AUGUGCGCCCUCUGUGGUGCUGUUGGACAUGGUUGGUUCCACGCCGGCGGCUCUAACAGCUCUCCCGGGCGCUAUCAGCUCCUGCCAGACGGCGGAGUGGAGCGAGCCUGUUCUAAAUCACUCACCACACUGCUGAUUAGCUUUCUGGACGAGGUUAAAGACCUUCCAGGAGGUGUGGAAGUAGAGGCCGCGGCAGAAAUAAAGAAGUCCUCCCUGAUUUAUCUCACGUCACCUCGACACAGAGCCAAAACUCAGAGAGGCAGACUUUCAGACAAAGGCUGGCGGUUUGAAACCCACACAGACAGAGAAAUUAAUGACUAA